AUGCAGAAUGUAAGUGGCCAAAAACGGAAAGUCUUCACAAGGAUCCUGUACAGGAAUCUAAGGGUCCACAAAAGGAUCCACACUGGUGAGAAGCCCUGUGAAUGUGAUGAGUGUGGAAAGGCCUUUAAUUAUAGCUCUCUUCUCAUUCAGCAUAAAGUCAUCCACACUGGAGAGAAACCUUAUGAAUGCGAUGAGUGUGGCAAGGCUUUCAGGAACAGCUCAGGCCUCGUAGUGCAUAAAAGGAUCCACACAGGAGAGAAAUCUUACAGACCUUAUGUAUGUGACAUAUGUGGGAAAACUUUCAGAAACAAUGCAGGCCUCAAAGUCUACAGGAGGCUCCAUACUGGGGAAAAACCAUAUAAGUGUGAUGUGUGUGGGAAAGCCUAUAGCUCACGCUCUAGCCUUAAAAAUCACAAAGGAAUCCAUCUUGGGGAGAAGCCCUAUGGAUGUGAUGAGCGUGGAAAAGCUUUCAGAAAUAAUUCUGGCCUUAAAGUACAUAAACGAAUCCACACUGGGGAGAGACCUUACAAAUGUGAAGAAUGUGGGAAAGCCUACUCUAUCUCACUCUCAAGCCUUAUAAACCAUAAAAGUGUACACCCUGGGGAGAAACCCUUUAAGUGUGAUGAGUGUGAGAAAGCCUUCAUCACAUACCGAGCCCUUAUAAACCACAGAAGAGUUCAUCUUGGGGAGAAGCCCUACCAACGUGAUGUGUGUGAGAAAUCUUUUAAUUACACCUCACUCCUUUCUCAACACAAAAGAGUCCACACUAGAGAGAAACCCUAUGAAUGUGACAGGUGUGAGAAGGUCUUCAGAAACAACUCAAGCCUUAAAGUUCAUAAAAGAAUCCAAAAGAAGCCCCAUGAAUGUGAUGUUUGUGGAAAAGCCUACAUCUCACACUCAAGCCUUAUUAAUCAUAAAAGUACUCACCCUGGCAAGACACCCUACACAUGUAAUGAAUGUGGAAAAGCUUUCUUCUCAAGCAGAACUCUUAUAAGCCAUAAAAGAGUCCAUCUUGGGGAGAAACCUUUCAAGAGUGUCGAAUGUGGGAAGUCUUUCAGUUACAGCUGUCUCCUUUCACGUCACAAGAGGAUCCACUCGGGGGAGAAACCCUAUGUAUGUGAUAGGUGUGGAAAGGCAUUCAGGAACAGCUCAGGCCCCACCGUGCAUAAAAGGAUCCACACAGGUGAGAAACCCUAUCAAUGCGAUUUGUGUGGGAAGGUGUAUAUCUUACAUUCAAGUCUUAUCAACCAUAAAAGUGUCCACCGUGGGAAGCAGCCCUAUAAUUGUGAGUGUGGGAAAUCCUUCAAUUAUAGAUCAGUCCUUGAUCAACAUAAAAGGAUCCACACUGGAAAGAAGCCAUACGGAUGUAAUGUGUGUGGUAAGGCCUUUAAUAUCAGAUCAAACCUCACCAAGUAUAAAAGAACACAUACUGGAGAGGAAUUUCUAAAUGUGACAAAUGUGGGAAGUCAUAAUGGCACAUCCCAGAGGAGAACCUACGAGGAGGGAGGGAAUGCUCUGGAUGGGACCAGGAUGAGGAUGCCUCUGUAGCAGGUGGGGUUUACUGAGUCUCAAGGAUU